AUGGGAGAGCCUUCAAGCAUAUACGAAUUCCUGAAAAACCAACCACAAAACUCAUCUUCGUCUUCAUCUUCAAGAUCAGCUAAAAGAACACUACCAAACCCAAACCCACCUUCAAACCGCACUUUCCAAUGCCAUUUCUGUCACCGCAAGUUCUACACUUCUCAAGCACUUGGUGGUCACCAAAACGCUCACAAACUCGAAAGAGCUGCAGCAAGAAGAAUCAACAAUGUUUCACAACAACAACAACCACUUCCAUUUUCAUUGGACUCUAAACUCGUUCAGCCCAAUAAGCCCAAGCCCAUUACUGUUUCUGAACUUGAACCAACUCAUUUCUUUCAUCAUCACCCUUAUUGGCAACUUGAAAUGGAAUCUUUACAGUUUCAGAAUAUUCACCAUCAACAUUUUGCACCAACAACAACAACUCUUCCUAUUCCCUUUAACAAUGUUGCUUCUGCUUCUCCUUCUGCUUCUGCUUCUGCUUCUGCUUCAACUCCUCAACAACAUCUUUUCACCUCCAACAACAAUCUUGAUGCUUCUUCUGAACAUGUCAAUCUUGACCUCACACUUCACUUGUGA